AUGACUAAAUCCCGCCCCUGGGCAUCCCUGUCCCCCGAGAUCCGCCACAAAAUUCUGAAGGAGGUUGCACAGCAGAAGCGCGCCGGCCGGGCUUCGUUGGCCUCUGUCAAGAAGGAGUGGCAACUCGUAAUCGCGAAGGAAGACUUUCGUUUCCCACUCUUGGUCGUAAAUCUUCCCACAACUCUCAAGAAGGUCUCAGUCAUUGAGGAUUUCAGCGGCAGUCUUACUGCGGUACUAGUGGAAGACCGGAACCAGAACCCCAUAUCCAUGCGGACGCAGGAGGCUGCCCGUGUCGUGGAUCCGGGAAUAGGCGCGGACUUUGCCUCCAAAAGCCGCGACCUUGAACAAUUCUCGGUGUCGUACAUGGGAGCCGGCAUGACGGCGCCGCGGACGCCCAGGCUGCGGAGUCUGGCGAUCUGGGAUGGCUGGCACGGGAACGCGUGUGCUUUCAUCUACCACACGGACCGAAACUACGCCUAUGUCACCUGGCGCGGUACUUUGGAGAUGGACCUCAGCCCUCAAGCGGUGGAGGUGUAGGAAAGCGUGGCCUUGGAGAGUCGUCCAUGUCCGCUGCGGGCCACAAGCAACAGGUUCAAAGCGUCAUUGGGUCUCACGGCGACGCCAUCUAUCGUGUGGCCUUGCCGUGUCCAGUGAUCGCCCCCGAAUCGCUGGGCAAAUCCUGGAGGAAGGAAGAGGAAGAUAAUACUUAGCUCAGAUGGAACAGUGUGCUUUCCGCUGACCAUGGUAAGCGCGGCGUUCUGGCCAUCUCUCGUGUGCAUUACUAGGGCCCGUCCCCUCCCGUCCUUGUCAUCUCCCCCUCUUUCUCUUCUCACACCAAUGUUCACAGCAUCACUAUCAGC